CAUGGUGUAAACAUGCUUCCCUAAAGCACUGAUAACAUUAUAACAACGGCCCAAUCGCUGGUGUGUCUGGUAUCAGCAGUAAACACGGAUCGUCCCGGCGCCGUCCAGUGCUUGUGUGCAGCAGCUGCGUCUGUGUUUACUGUCCCUGGAUGAUCAUAACGCUGGAGCAAAUGCUGUUGCUUACUGGUGUAAAAUGAAUACAGACUGAUUUACUGUCAUCACAAGCACACGCUGCCACAAACAUUCAGCUUAGGAAGUUUAUGUUAGGAGGAUCUUUGGGAUUUGCAAGAAUUUGGGAUCAUAAAAAUACCAUGGGACUCUGUCUGGGGCUCAGAGGUGUUUCAGUUACUCGUACGACUGCGGACCGACGAGCGCCACUCUUACAUUUUAAGCAGACUGGCUGCAACCAUCCCAUAAGACCCAUCGCCAUGGCAGCCUCAGAACCAAUCGGAUUCCGCGUCUUCUCUCUCAACUGCUGGGGGAUCCGAUACCUCAGUAAGAACUGCAAAGAGCGCUUUGUUAUGAUCGGAGACCUGCUGAGUCGGGAACAGCUGGAUAUAGCAUUACUGCAAGAGGUGUGGUGCGAGAAAGACUUUCAGUUUUUAAAGAAGCAGCUAAGCAGCGCCUAUCCGCACUCCCAUUAUUUUAAAAGUGGAUUUAUAGGCAGCGGGCUGGCUGUGUUUUCCAGACACCAAAUCCAUGAUGCCUUUCUGUACAGAUACUCAUUGAAUGGAUAUCCAUACAUGGCUCAACAUGGCGACUGGUUUGGCGGUAAAGCCGUCGGGAAGGUCUUGCUCAACAUCCGCGGGCUGAAGGUUCAUGUAUUCGUCACUCAUAGUUUUUUUAUUAUAUAUUGCCGGGAGAAAGACUCCUAUCUCCCGCACCGAGUGGUUCAAGCCUGGGAGCUGCAACAGUUCAUAAGGCACACCAGUGCUGGAGCGGACGCUGUGAUUCUGGGUGGAGAUCUGAACAUGCACCCGGACGAUCUCGGCACCAGACUGCUGAGAAACUACACAGGACUUCUGGACUGUUUCAGUGAGACCGCUAACUUUGAUGGAUGUGAGGAGGGAUGUACUCAUAUAUCAGAAAACCCAUUCACGAACACAGAUGGGCUCGUUCCUUUUGGAGGGGGAGUCCGUAUAGACUACAUCCUGUUUAAGGGAUCAGGGGAAGUGGAUGUGAGCUGUGAGUCUUUGUCCACAACUAAGGGCCCUGUUCCUGGACAUCCCUUCCCUUAUUCUGACCACGAGGCUCUCACAGCCGAGUUCCUGUUUACACCGACUACAAAGGGAAAUGGGUGCUCCGAGAGACGGGCUGGCUGUGUUUCAGAUAAGCUUCCUGAGCUGGUCAACACAGUCAAUGAAGCUCGUACCGAAGUAAAGGUGGGUCUUCACUGUGCUGAGCGCAUGCGGCACACAGCGGCACGCACAGGCAUUAUGGGUCUUGUACUGUUAGUGCUUGAGCUAGCAAUCGCCGCCGUCCCGUUGUUUGCUCUGGGAACUGAACAGCCCUUUCCCAAAGCCUCUUUCUACCUGCUGGGGGCGCUGUGCUUUGCCGUCCUCUUCUCCACACUGAUGCUGUACGUCUUCUACAGCAUGGAGGUGAAGGCACUACAAGGCACCGAGGACCAGAUGAGACUGGCGCUGAGUAGCUUUCAAGAACAGCUUAAGGAGUCCCCCGAGGUUUUAUCCUCGGACCGUUCGCAAAGGCCCCUAGGUAGCAAAGAUUCAGCCAGAGAGUUAAACCAAAUGUAACGUUUGAAUAGAAUUGGAACUUUUUAUAGAAUUAUGUAUGACUAUUUUACUAUUACUAUUUUAUCAUGUCUUAACUGACCACUUUUAUGCAGCUUUUUCACAUCGAUGUUGAGGAUACUUUUACCUGGAAGCAAAGUUAGUAAGUUAGCAAAAUCAUUACUUUCAUGACAGAUCUACUUUACUUUACUUUACUUUAGUUAUUUCAUAGUGGUUCCCAGAAUGACUUUAAAUUAUGAAAAAAUAAUAUAUAUAUAUAUAUGAUAUAUAAAUAAUUAAAAAAAAAAAUAAAAAUUCAUGUGGUUAAUUAACCUUACACAUUAACCCUGUUAUUAUUAAUAUCAAUAAUUAUUCAUUUAAAACUCAAAUUUAUUAUUUAGUUAUCUAAGUAAAUGGUUAAAUGCAUAAUCUUAAAAUGCAAACUGAAAUCAUAUUUUAUAUAUUAUAUAUUUUACAUCUUUUUUUUAAAGUGCAUAGUUCACACACACACACACACACACAAAUUAAUAUAAAAUAAUAUAAUAUAUAUAUAAUACGGGCAUUCAAAUAUCAAAACUAUGAAGGUUGAAAGCCAUUGCUUUAGAAGAAUGGACCAGUAUGAAUGAUAUAUGACGGCUUAUUAUCACCUGCUCAUUGAAUGUUGUUUUUCUUUGCUAACAUUUGUAAAUGGAGACCUGCUGGGCAGGUGUUUCUUUCCUUUUAUUUGUUAAAUGUUUCCAAUCAUCAGUUUGUGACGUUUUGUGCAUUAAUUGUGAACUUGACGCUUAACUGUCCAUGCUAAGACCUUUCGGGAAAUGAGAAGAAACCUCAUCUCUUCAUUCAUCUUCAGUUACUGUUUGAGGAAGUCGAGCGGAGAAGAAUAAAACCACACAGCUGUAAUUAUUAUUCGAUUAUUUGGUCGAACCACUCCAUAACUGUUUGUUUUUUAUUUGUUUAAGCUGUCAACAAUCCUCGUGUCUCUCGUGUUAACGGUUUAUGACAUAACUGUAUCUUUUAUAAAAAAAGAAUAAACAAAGCACAUCGGUUUUCAGCAA